GGUUCAAACUCUAAAAUAUAUAAAAAAGAUUGCCUUUUAGCAAACCACAGAUUUUUUUUGACUUCGCCUCGACUUGGUGAUUUAUAUAUUGAUGGCAAAGUUUGUGAUUCUUCAAUUAUGAAAACUUGUUCAAAUCAUGUUGACUCUGAAUAG